AUGGAUUUUUAAAUCAGAUUUUAAUGUUUUAAAAUAACUUAAAGAUUUCGAUAUGCAGGUGUUUUUAUAUAGUUUCUUGUAAUUACCUUGCUUUCGAUCAAGUAUCUCUUUACUAUCCAAAAUCUUUAUUCCCAAUAACCUGUCAAUUAAUUUGUACUAAAUAGAGUUAUAAUAAUUGAAAAUCAAGGAUGGAUAUUUUUGAACUUUUAGUUAAUUGUUAAUGGAUCGAUUUCACCUUUUUUAACUGUUGAGCUUCAAAUCUCCUAUUAUAAAAGAAUUUAGAUUGCGAUGUUAAUAAUUUAAUAGGGACUAUUUGAAUACCUUAUAACUAAGAGUUAAAUUGGAAAUUUCUAAGGUGAAUUUGAAAAGAGACAUAUCAAGAACUAAGCAGAGAUCACAGUAAGUGUUUCAGCCACCUUGAAAUUUCAAUUUAAAAAAUUAAAAAAUGAUCUUAUAAUCCACAUUUAUCCUUGA